AUGGGAUUUAGAGAAAUUCAUUAUUUGAACAACGAUGCUGUUGAUGCUCCAUGUAAUGAGUUUCCUGGCGUUUUUGCAACCAAUUUGGGAAGGUUCAACAAUAGGAAAAAUGAAAUCAAUGUUGAAGACGAUGUCCUGCUUUGGGGACAUCGAGUUAUCAUACCAUUUCAGUUACGAGAGGUGAUAUUGAAGGAGUUGCAUGCUACCCAUUUGGGAAUUGUUAAAAUGAAGUAUCUUGCGAGAUCUUACUUUUGGUGGCCGUCCUUGAAUGAUGAUAUUGAAAGUGUUAGUCGUUCGUUGAGAACUCGAUUUGACAUGCUUAGACCAAGCUCAGUCCAAGACAAUGAAAAAGUUGAACUUGAAAAUGUUUACCAAAACAUACAACGUUCUCAACGAAGAAACGCAAAAUACUUCAUAGGAAAUAGGAAAAUACCGACAACACCAGAAUCAUGGCUGGACGUGGCAAAGCAAUUUGAAAAAACCUGGAAUUUUCCGCAUUGCCUUGGAGCUUUAGAUGGAAAGCAUGUGGUUAUUCAAGCACCAUGCAACACUGGAAGCGAAUUUUUCAACUACAAAUCUACGUUCAGCGUUGUUCUUUUCGCCUUAGUGGAUGCUAAUUAUAAUUUUUUGUACGUCAAUGCUGGUGGCCAAGGGCGAAUUUCAGAUGGUGGCAUCUUUAAAGAUUGUUCACUUUACAAAAAACUAGUGAAAAAUCAGUUGAAUUUUCCUGAACCAGAAACUUUGAAAGGCAUGCAACGGAAAAUUCCUUAUUUUUUCAUCGGAGACGAGGCAUUUGCAUUCACUGAUUCGCUAAUGAAACCGUUUUCGGGAACGCAUCUCAAAGGAUCCAUACAAAGAAUAUUCAACUAUAGAUUAUCUCGUGCUCGAAGAACUGUAGAAAAUCCCAUGGGCAGACGUAAAAUGAAUACCGAAAUGUUGACCGUUUAA